CUGUCGCGGAUUUUCACUCGGACGGCGCGCGUGCGAGGGCAGGACGGGCCACCGUGGGGCUGAGAGCGAGUUGCCGGGCGAGCAGCACAGUCUGAAACGAGCUACACGACCCUCCGAGGCAGUUCGUAAAUACGCCAUAACUCACUCUCACUGUCCCCUACACAUAAACAGUAAGACUUACUUGCUGUGUUAUUUAGCUAGUAGCCCGGCAACCGAUAGAGGAGGUGUUCGCAAGAGCUAAUUAGCGACCAUUAGCUGUUUGCUAACAUCGCCUGAGACAUUAGCCGAGAGCCUGCAUCCUGACCAGAGCAGCUAGCUGCGUUAGCCGGACCGGCGCGGCUCCUCUGUCCGAACAACACAACCCCUCUCCCUCCACACCGAAACGCUGGAAAUCCGCAAGCGGCCGGAGACGGGCGAAGGGCCGGCGAAGCUGGGGCUGUUAGCAGAGCCGCACGGUGGAGGAGUUCCCCCGGAGAGGCAGAGCGGGGCGGACGCAGCGGCCGCCAUGGACGGGCUGCCGGUGGAGGUGCGCGGCUCCAACGGGGCCUUCUACAAGGCGUUCAUCAAAGACGUCCACGAAGACUCCCUCACGAUAGUUUUUGAAAACAACUGGCAGCCAGAGAGACAGUUGCCAUUCAGUGAUGUGAGGUUGCCACCCCCAUCCGACUACCACAAGGACAUCGGCGAGGGACAGGAGGUGGAGGUCUACUCUCGAGCAAAUGAACAGGAACCCUGCGGCUGGUGGCUGGCGAGGGUGAGGAUGAUGAAGGGCGAGUUCUAUGUGAUCGAGUAUGCUGCGUGUGAUGCCACAUACAACGAAAUCGUCACAGCCGAAAGAAUCCGGCCUGUCAACCCCAACAGCCCUUCCACUCGAAACUCCUUCUACAAAACUACCAUCGCUGUGCCCGAGGACCUCAGAGAAAUCUGUUUAACCGACAACAUCCACAAAGACUUCAGGAAAGCAAUCGGAGCCAACUGCGUCUUCUACAACACUUCAUCACAUGAACUGAUCGUACUGUCCACGAACGACUCCACAGUGAAGCGUGCCUCCCUUCUGAGUGACAUGCACUUCCGCAGCAUUCGCACCAAGCUUAUGCUCAUGUCCCGCAACGAGGAGGCCACCAAACACCUGGAGACGAGUAAACAGCUGGCAUCAGCCUAUCAGGAGGAGGUACGGGUGCGUGAGGAUUUGAUGGGUUUGGCCAUUGGCUCCCACGGCGCCAACAUUCAGCAGGCCCGCAAGGUUCCUGGGGUUACUGCCAUCGAGCUCGAGGAGGAGAGCUGCACCUUCAGGAUCUAUGGAGAGACGCCAGAAGCUGUGAAACAGGCUCGAGUUUACCUUGAGUUUAAAGAGGACUCCUUCCAGGUACCCAGGAAUCUUGUCGGCAAGGUUAUUGGGAAAAGUGGCAAAAUCAUCCAGGAAAUCGUGGACAAGUCUGGUGUGGUGCGUGUUCGAAUCGAAGGGGACAACGACAAAAAGCUGCCCAGAGAGGAGGGUAUGGUUCCCUUCAUCUUUGUAGGAACCAAAGAAAACAUCAGUAAUGCCCAGGCUUUGCUGGAGUACCAUGUGGCCUACUUGCAGGAAGUGGAACAGUUGCGUCUGGAGCGGCUACAGAUUGAUGAACAGCUUCGUCAGAUUGGUGUUGGUUAUCGUGCCGCCCCAAGCCGCUCCGGUGCACCUGGAGCCGGGGAACGUGAAAGGGGAUACCAGACUGAUGAAAGUAGCAACUCUCUACAGACCUCCCGUACAUACGGUGGGCGAGGCCGUGGCCGCAAGCCCAACAAUGCAUACUCUGGUUAUGGAACCAACUCUGAGAUGUCCAAUGCCUCAGAAUCUGAGGAUCUGGCUGAGCGAGAUUCUAGGCCACGGGGAGUGGGGGGUGAGGAGAGAGGCUCCCGGAGAGGAGGCCGUGGCCGAGGAUCUAGCACAGGCAGAGGCCGUGGAGGCCCAGGAUCCCGCAGCUCGAACACAAUCAGCUCAGUGUUGAAGGACCCUGAUAGUAACCCCUACUCUCUGCUGGAGGGUGAAGGCGAUCUGGGUGGAGACACGGAUGCCAGUGAGAGCAUGGGUGGUAAUGACCGGCGUAGACGUUCCCGCCGUCGCCGUAAUGACCAGGAGCCCAGUGUGAUUGAUGCUGCCAAUGAGUCAGACGGCCAGGCAGCUACUAGUGAGAAUGGACUGGAAGACGAUGGCAAACCACAGAGGCGCAACAGGAGCCGCCGUCGCCGUAACCGAGCCACCCAACCAGAGGGGGGCUCUGCCAGCCGUGACAGACAGCCAGUUACCGUGGCCGACUUCAUCUCUCGUGCAGAAUCUCAGAGCCGACAGAACCUUCCAGUGAAGAAAGAAGAAAUGCAGCAUGCCUCCCUCCCUAAGGAGAAUGGGACUAGUGUGAAUAAGGAAGAGCACACUCCGUCCAAGCGUUCUCCCAGCAAUGGCGUGGCAUCAUCCGGGGAGGCUCUGACCCUGGUGAACGGCGUUUCCUAAAUGGAAAACGCAACUCAUCAGCUCACCACUCAAGACCAUUGUCUAGAGCAAGACACUACAGCGAUCUGUCCCUGCUUGCAUUUACGUAAACCUUUAAACAGACGAGUGAAAAAUCGACUAAAAAUCUUGAAUUCAUAUGAGAUUGAGGAGAAAAAGAUAUAAAAAAAAAAUGACACAAGCAUCUACUUAAACACUUUAACGGUGUAUGUUUAUCCUAUCUAUCAGUACUUAGUGCUUAUGUAAGAGAAGCUUGCCAAAAAAGAGCUGGUGGAUAUGCUUCGAAAAAAAUCGGACGUAACUGAACACAGGACGUGACGAUAUGAUUUUAUUUUCAGACAAACUGUUUUUGUUUUGUUUUUUUGUUUGUCACUGUUGUUGUCGGGUUUUUUUUUUUGUUUUGUUUGUUUGUUUGUUUUUCUUCACUGGUGUGGGAUUGGUCACAUUCCCAAGCAGAUGCAUCUCUGAAACAGUGUUAGAGGCGAGGGAAGGAGCUAGCCAAGAGAUUGGGGAAGUGGGCGGAGCCUCCGGUGUGGCUGCCAGUUGAGGCUAAGGUACUCUAAGAUUAAGGUUGUGUUUGUGUGUGUGUGCGGGGGAAAGGAACGACAUUGUGCCUUGAAUUUGAAAUAAAAACUUGAGCAUUUUUGUUUUUGUUCAUGGAACAACAGCUACUGUUUCUUAUGCAUUUUUAUUUUUUUUUUCAAGUAAAUGAGAAUCGAGCUGAGAAAAUUAUGGCCGAGAGAGAAAGGAAAAAAGGAUGUUAGGAGAGGGAAGAUGAUGAAAUUUGAUACUAAUGCCAAACAGGAAUGUAAGAACGUUAACCUGUGGUAGGAGUCAUGAUCUGGACGAAGUUUAUUGUGUGUGCGUGUGUGUGUGUGUGUGUGUGUCUGUGUACGUUUGUACGUGUAGUUAGUAUGCAACCGUAGACAUAAAUUGGGAGAACUGUUACAUCGUCUCAGAGCCGACUCUAAUGAGAGAUGGAGGGAAGCAGCCUUGUGAGUUAAAGAAUGGGUGUUCACCUUUCUGAGCUCUGUAUUAUAGUGGCAAACAGACAUGGCUGCAUCAGGAACAGCCUCACACACAGACAUGGUUAGAGACCUGCCAGACCCUGACAGCUAAUUUUACCCAAAACCGAUAUCCGAACAUACAUCAGUGCCUCUGACCCCCAAAACACCACUGCUGUUCUGAUUGCGUGCAAAAGUGAUAAUAACUCACCCAGUUGCACUUCUGACACCACAGUAGAUGAAGUGGUUUGUACUUGCUGUGCCUGCUGAACACUUGCAAAGGCGAUGACGCCUCUGUGGUGCCCUCUACUGGCUGGGCUUGGGUUUUACACAACCUUGUCAAGAAUGUAUGUUGUGUGGGCAAUAGCACAGUGAGAAGUUGAGAGCUACAUAUACAUGCGCACGCGCACACACUUGACAAUGUAUGUGAAUAUACAGUACACUUCAGUGUUCUCACUACACACUUUAGACUUCGAGUCUCUCUAGUCAAGAAGGUUUUAAUCCACGUUUCUCAAGGGCCAGGCAAGCGUGUUUAUUCGGAACAGGAUGUCUGUUGCUUUCCUGAUUGUCCCAGUAAAAAGACGCAACCGGGGGAUUCGUGUGCCCCAACCCCCCCACCCCCUCUGUGGCUCACGUUACUGUCAUCUUGUUUUUUGCUCUCAAACCUUUUUUGGUUGUACUUUUCACAUCACAAAAAAUAAAAUGGAAGUGAAACAAUA